AUGUCUAGCCUCGCCCAAACUCGCGAAAUCACGACGUUCAAGGACAGAGGAGAAGGCAUCAACUUUGGGUGCAAAUUCUCUCUCAAGAACGGCCUCCCAAAUGGCCUUGUUCAAGGAUUCAAACGGUUACAAGAGAACACAAACUCAUGCAAUUCGUUACCCAACCCUGGACUUAUAAAUCACUACAAAUUCGCGUUCAGUCUGUUAGUGGAGUUUCAAUCCGAGCCCCACGUUGAGCUUCUUUGCAUAUUGGCUCUUGCUGUCGGCAUGACACAGGAUAUGACUAUCUAUAUCGUGCCUAAAAGAGAUGCUAAAGAUGAAGUUGCCAGCUCUCCUGGCAUUGCGAAUGCUAUGGUACUUGAUGCCCGAAGAGUUCGUAUGGGAGAAGGCAAGGGAUAUGCGCUGAAAGUAGAGGAGGAGACAGAAUACAGUAUUCAGCGUGUGCGUGAAGCAACUGGCUGGCUUGAUUGUCCCAAGGACCAAGAAAAACGUAGGUCCAGGUCUAAAAACAUGAGGAGAGCCAGCAAAGAAGCCUUAGAUGCACGACUGGAGCAGUUGCGAAGCCUGAUGCCGAAGCCGACAGAUUUUGUGCGCGAAGUGUUCCAGAGCGAUGAUCCGAAAUGGGUAGACCAGUGCAAAGCCAUCAUUAAAUGGUAG